AUGUCAGAGCAAUACUCCGAAGAUUCCAAGCAUAUCGAGAAGCUCUAUGAGUUCGACGAGCACCUGAGUGAGUCUACGGACAAGUCUAAGAAUGUAGAAGAUUAUAAAGGGAUUAUCGAGUUGUCCAACACGAGCAACAAGACCAAGCAGCUUGGCGCGCAGCUGAUUCCUCGCUACUUCAAAUUCUUCUCCGAUCUUGCAACGGAAGCUUUUGAUGCCUUCUUGGAUAUCAUCGAAGAAGUGGAUGUCGCGGUACGAGUUCAAGCCAUACGCGGACUUCCGCUGUUCUGCAAGGAUACACCUGAGUUUCUAUCGAAGAUCAUCGAUGUUCUUGUACAAUGUCUAAAUACUGAGGAUGCAAUGGAGCGUGAUGCUGUGCACAAGGCUUUUAUGUCACUAUUUCGGCAGGAUACUAAAGCUUCUUUGACGGCGUUGUUUAAGCACACUGAGGCCACUACUGACGAUCAAAUCCGUGAUAAGGUCUUAAACUAUAUCAGAGAUAAGGUGUUCCCUCUCAAAGGGGAACUGUUAAAGCCUCAAGAGGAAAUGGAAAGACAUAUAACCGAUUUAAUCAAAAAGAGCCUAGGAGAUGUAAGCGGAGGAGAAUUCAAUAUGUUUAUGGAUUUUCUGACGAGUUUGAGUAUAUUUGGAGGGAAAGCUCCCCAAGAAAGAAUGCAAGAACUUGUAGAAAUUGUCGAAGGACAGGCUGAUUUGGAUUCACAGUUUGAUGUUACAUGUGAUACGGAUCAUAUUGACAGGUUCAUAUCAUGCCUGCAAACGGCACUUCCGUUCUUUGCGAGAGGUGCUCCGGGUAGCAAAUUUCUUAUCUACACGAACAAGCAUAUCCUACCUGCUUUUGACAAGCUGCCAGAGCAGAGGAAGCUGGAGUUGCUCAGAGCACUUGCUGAGAUUUCACCUUGCACAACAGCUCAGGUAGCACGUCAGAUGCUUCCCGCAAUAGUUCAGCUCUUAAAGAAAUGCAUGCCUGCCAGGAAGACUGGGGAACAAAUGAACUUCACAUAUGUCGAGUGCCUGUUAUAUGUUCUUCAUCACUUAGCGCACAAGGCUCCGAAUGCGACAAACAGCUUGUGCGGGUACAAGAUAGUGACUGGGCAGCCAUCAGAUAGACUCGGGGAAGACUUCUCAGAGUUUUACAAGGAAUUCAUUGAGAGAUUGACCAACUUUGAGGAUCUAACCAAGAUAAAAAUGAAGAACCUAACUCAAGGAAUGUCUGAGCACAACAAAGCCAUGUCGGCUGCGAAGACAGAUGAAGAGAAGUCAAGCGUGAAAAAGAAGAAGCAGACUGCAACAGCUGGACUCAGGACAUGCAAUAACAUAUUAACAAUGACAAAGGCAUUGCAUGCAAAAGCACCUUCCUUUAUCGGAGACACAAGUGUUACCCUUUCUUGGAAAGAACCCACUAAACCGGUAGCCUCUGCAACAACUGGAGUAAAACGGCCUGCAAAUGGAGCCGGUAAUGAUGUGGGUGCAAAGAAGGGACGUGUGCAGAGUCAUCAGUUUGUGAACAAAGCAGUUGAACGUAACUCAUACGGUGGUGGAAGAGGCAGUCACAGAGGCCGAGGCCAGGGAAGACAUGGUGGUGGUGGUGGUGGUGGCCGUGGUCGUGGUCGUGGAAGAGGCCGCUGGUAA